AUUCUUAAAUACGCUCCACAUCUUCACUCUUGAGUGCAUGCGCGAGAGAGAGAUUUCCUAACAAGUGGAGUUCUAUCAAUGGCAAUUUCCUCGUCAAGAGUGCUGAAAUUUCCAGCAUGGUAGGAGCUGAGGAUCUGUGGAUAAAAACAUUCAGAUUUUUUUGGAGUUUUUAUCUGCUCUGAAAUCUAACCAUGGUUCACCUCAAACUCAAAUUCAUUUCUCUUGCAUCACCUUCAAUCUUUCUUAUCCUCCUAUUGUGCCUACCAUCUCCAUCCACUUCUGACCUGAGCUCUGAGAAGCAAGCCCUCCUUUCAUUUGCCAAUUCAUUGCAUCAUGGUCCAAGACUCAAUUGGAAACCAAAUACCCCAAUUUGUUCUUCUUGGAUUGGAGUUAAUUGUACUAGAGAUCAAACCCACGUUCUCUCCAUUAGGCUACCCGGUAUCGGGCUUUAUGGAGAAAUUCCACCAAAUACUCUCGGCAAGCUCAAUCACCUGCAAGUCUUAAGCCUACGAUCAAACCGUCUCAUUGGAAAUCUCCCCGUCGAUAUCUUAUCACUUCAUUCUCUUCAUUUUCUCUAUCUCCAACAAAAUGCUUUUAGUGGGGACAUACCAAGUUCACUCUCUUUAGGCCUCAUCUCACUCGACCUUUCAUAUAACUCAUUUUCAGGAGAAAUGCCCUUGGCAAUUCAAAAUCUUUCUCAACUUGUUGUAUUGAAUCUUCAAAACAAUUCUCUCUCUGGACCAAUCCCUGACCUCAAACUUCCAACACUGAGGCGUUUAAAUCUUAGUCACAACAAUCUUAACGGUUCCAUACCCUUUUCCCUCCAAAACUUCAGUAACGAUUCAUUUACAGGGAACAUUCAGUUAUGUGGCCCUCCUCUACCUCAGUGCUCUGCAGUUCUUCCUUCUCCCUCAUCACCUCUGCCCAUAUUUCCCCAGAGUAGUGAAGAGAGUUAUAAAAAGAAGCUAUCUGCGGGUGGCAUAAUUGUAAUUGUUGCCAGCGUAAUCGCCUUGUUCUUGCUAGUCAUAAUCGUUCUCGUGCUAUGUUUUAUGAAGAAAAAGGAAGGGAAAGAAAGUGUAGCCUCGAAGGCAAAUGGUUUAGGCAGUGGAAAUAACGAGAGACCUAAAGAGGAGCAUAGCAGUGGAGUUCCAAUGGCCAAGAAGAAUAAAUUAAUUUUCUUUGAUGGAUGUUCAUAUACUUUCAAUCUUGAGGAUUUAUUGAGAGCUUCAGCUGAAGUUCUUGGUAAGGGGAGUUAUGGCACAGCAUAUAAGGCUGUUCUUGAUGAUGGAUGUGUGGUGGUUGUGAAGAGAUUGAAGGAGGUGGCGGCGGGGAAAAAAGAGUUUGAACAGCAGAUGAAAAUGAUCGAAAGAGUUGGGAAUCAUGCGCAUAUUUUGCCUAUUCGUGCAUACUAUUAUUCCAAAGAUGAGAAGCUUUUGGUAUAUGAUUAUGUCUCUGGAGGCAGUUUGUAUACCCUCUUGCAUGGAAACCACGGUGGCACCGGAAAAACACCAUUAGAUUGGGACUCCAGAGUGAAAAUCCUACUCGACGCCGCAAAAGCAAUAUGUCAUAUCCACUCCAAACCUCUCGGCAAACUCAUUCACGGAAACAUAAAACCCUCCAACAUCCUCCUAACUCGAGAUCAUCACUCCAUCAUCAUCUCUGACCACGGCCUAACUCCCCUCAUGACCCCUUCGUCCACAACGUCAAAGCUUUCGCUAGGAUACCGAGCUCCGGAGUCCAUCAUGAGCAGAAAAUGCAACGUAAAAUCCGAUGUGUACAGUUUCGGAGUAGUUCUACUUGAGACUCUCACUAGGAAAUCUCCUGAUGAAGUCGUGGAUUUACCAAGAUGGGUGCACUCAGUGGUUCGAGAGGAGUGGACUUCUGAAGUGUUUGAUGCGGAGUUGGUGAGGCAUAAAAACGUCGAGGAGGAGAUGGUUCAGAUGUUGCGGCUCGGGUUGGCCUGUGUCUGUAGAGUGCCGGAGGAGAGGCCAGGGAUGGAGGAGGUGGCGAGGGUGAUUGAGGAAAUUGGGAGGUCGAGUUCGGAGGGGUAAAGGUUUGGAAGUGGAAAUUAUGCGAAGUGGAAAUGGCAAUCUAGGGGUGCUAUGUGCUAGCAAAUGAGUUGAGGGGUGUUAGGUGCAACCGAAGGUAUAGAUAAAGGGGAUUACGUGCAACUUACCCCCAGUAAAAAAUGAUGGGCUCUUGGUUACCUGAUAUUGGUUCAUGGCGUCGUGUUAUUUGAGUAAGAUUUCAUCUUUGUUGUAAAAACUUGUGUCAUGCAUUAGUUUCUGUAAGGUUGUGAACGACAAGUGUAGACUAGAUUCACUUGAUGAAAGAUGUGAUCUGUACAUGGAUGGUUAUGCCCAUUGCUAUCACGGACUGUCCGUAUGUGUUCUUAUCUUAGAUUUUUCUUGAAUAAAUCUUGUGGCCUUUGUUUGCACAA